GUUUGUUGCGUUUCCUCCAGGAGAACUUUCAAUGGCGUGACGCGGCUUCCGCACCAGCCAAUCAGCAGUGAGGUGGGCGUGUCUCGGUGUGACCCGCUCUCCAAACAGAGAGGCGGUAGGUGGGUUGGGUCACCGGAUCGGUCUUGCGCGCGUGACUUGUUGACCGGCUGUGAGGAGCGCGCGCCCCGCAUCUGUUCUCUGGCUGCACGUGCUGAACGAGCGAUGCCGAGCUGAGUGCGUGCGCGUGUGUGAGUGUGUGUGUGCAGAGCAAAGCGGCGGUGAACGGUGACGAUGACGAGCCCGGUAACGGCGGGGCAGAGCGCGAGCGCACCGGCGGCGUGCGCGUGCCGGACCAGGUGCAGCAGUAACGGCGGCGGCGGGUGGAAGGUGUUCGCGGGACUGUUCGCGCUGUCGCUCGCGCUGCACCUCGUCACGCUCGCGUGCUACGUGGAACUGCGCUCCGAGAUCAGGAUGAAGAGCUGCGGCGGCGGCGGUGAUGAGGCUCCGGUGGCGCGAGGAGGGAGACGGGACGGUGCACCGGAGCGCGAGCAGGCGAGAGCGGAGAGGAACGUGGAGGAGGAGAAGGUGGUCCUACGCUCCAAACGCUCAGAAUCAGCUGGAAGUGGGAAGAGGAAAGGAGACAGGAAGAAAGGUAAAAAAGGGCCCCCAGGAGCUCCGGGUCCCCCGGGCCCCCCCGGGCCUCAGGGGCCGCCUGGAAUACCAGGGAUACCAGGAAUCCCAGGGAGCAACGCAAUGGGACCUCCGGGACCACCGGGACCUGUCGGACCUCCGGGACCUCAAGGACCCCCCGGAGCUCAGGGUACGCCAGGUGGAGGUGAGAGAAGCAGGUACAGAGACUCACAGCCAGCGGUGGUGCAUCUGCAGGGUCAGGAGACAACCAUACAGGUGAAGGAAGAUCUCUCUGAAGGUGUCCUGAGGAACUGGAAGAUGAUCUCGAUGCACCAGCGGGUGUUUAAGAUGCACUCGCGCUCCGGGGAGCUGGAGGUGCUGCAGGACGGGACCUACUUCAUCUAUAGUCAGGUAGAAGUGUACUUCCUGAACUUCACGGACAUCGCCAGCUACGAGGUGAUGAUCGAUAAGAACCCGUUCCUGCGCUGCACCCGCAGCAUCGAGACCGGGCAGCGCAAGUUCAACACGUGUUACACGGGCGGGGUGUGCUGGCUCCGAGCCCGACAGAGGAUCUCCAUACGCAUGCUGUACGACGACACCUCCAUCUCCAUGAGCAACCACACCACCUUCCUCGGCAGCAUCCGCCUCGGAGACGCCCCGCCCAGCGGCCACAGCUGAGGCCCUUCCGAUUGGCUGAGAGGAUUCGUUCACCUGAGCCAAUCAACAUUCAACGUCACAGUCAACACCUGUCAAACAUCACUGAGCUGAACUGGCUCACAGACUCCGCCCACAUAUCAAACGUAGACUAUAAAUAAACCAAUCAGCUUGCUUAUUUGCUUCAUCAACUCACUGUGUACAGGGCAGCUGUAGCCUAGCGGUUAAGGUACUGGACUAGUGAGCAGAAGGUUCCUGGUUCCCCCACCACUGCCGGGUUGCUACUGUUGGGCCCUUGAGCAAGGCCCUUAACCCUCAAUUGCUCAGACUGUAAGUUGCUUUGGAUAAAAGCGUCUGCUAAAUGCCGAAAAUGUAAAUGUGUACCAGCGGGGCCUGAUAAACUCCACCCACUGAUCACAGCUGAACAAAUCAGAUGGCACAUAAAUGCCCCCGGAGACAGCUCGGCCAAUCAGCUCACAGACUCACAGGACAGGAGUCAGCCAAUCAGCUCACUGUUUAUCCCCACCAGGCUCAAGGCUUAUAGAAAGUUGUUGAGCCACCCACAGGAUGUUCUAAGCCAAUCAAGACACCUUUGACACUCAGACUCCACCCAUCUCAAAUACCUGAGCCAAUCAUGACCAGCAGAACAGUUAUGAAGCUUCGUCUCCAGCCACAGAACACACCUGUUUCAGUAAAAACAUGCUGGAGCCAAUCAGCAUACAGACUCCGCCCAGUGGAAACAAGUAGGCCAAUCAGCUCCCAGCACUCUUUUAAGCCAUUGGCUCCGCCCACGAGAUCCUCCUCAGCCGUUAAGCUUGGAGGAGCAACGGCUCAUCUGAACUCGCUUUGAACUGUCGAUAUCCUCGACCAAUCAGAACUCUUGAUUACGAGUCACAUGACCUGUUUUCAUUCACAGUGACUGUAUUUAAGGCAGAUAAGGGAGGAGCAACAACUCAAAAAACAGAACAUUCUGAGAAACUGUGAAAUGUGGUGGAGGUUCAUAUGUAAGACCUUCAUAACACACAGACAGAGGUUAUGAAUCAGU